UCCCCUUACGUCAAACAAGGAAGUUUACGAAGCGAAAAUGCUGAAUUGAGGCAUCUAAUGAAAAACACGGGACACUGAAGUGGGCAAAUCUGACUGACCUGCUGUACUUUGCAAACUGAAGAAGGAAAAAUGUCCAUUGCCAACCCGAAACAGACUGUUUCAAAUCCGACGAUUCCUUUCGCAGGAACGAUUCUGGGUGGGUUGCAGCCGGGCGAGAUGGUUCUAAUUCAGGGUGCAGUUCCCAGUGAUUCAGACAGGUUCCAGGUGGAUCUGACAUGCGGAAGCAGCACCAAACCACGGGCAGACGUGGCUUUCCACUUCAACCCUCGCUUCAAGAGGUCGCCCUGCAUCGUGUGCAACACGUUGCAGAAGGAGCACUGGGGCAAGGAGGAGAUCCAUUACCAGAUGCCUUUCAGACAAGGGGCAGCCUUUGAAAUAAUCAUGCUGGUACAGAAAGACUUAUUCAAGGUGGCAGUGAAUGGCUCUCACGUUCUGGAGUACAGACACAGAAUGGAUCUCGGAAAGGUGGACACACUACUGAUAUCUGGAAAGGUCACAAUCCAGGCCAUCGGCUUCAUCCCCAAUGUGAGCUCAGCCCCACCUACCCCAUCUAUUGUGAUGAGCAAAGUCACAAAAGCCAAUGCUCUGUUUUCAGAGUCGGGUGACUUGAGCGUACCCUACAAGGGCAGACUGGAGACUGGGAUCAGCCCAGGAAACACUUUAACAGUCAAGGGGAAGGUUGGCGUGUACCCUCACAGCUUCGCCGUGAACCUUCGGGUGGGCGACUCGGAAGACAUCGCCCUGCACCUCAACCCCCGCAUCAAGGCCGGCGUCUUCGUCCGGAACUCCUUCCUGGGCGAGCGCUGGGGGCCAGAGGAGGUGGCGCUGCCCAGCUUCCCCUUCUCCCCGGGGGAGUACUUCGAGAUGAUCGUUCACUGCGAGGCGCAGAAGUUCAAGGUGGCCGUGAACGGGGUCCACCUGCUGGACUACAAGCAUCGGGUGCAGGACCUGACCCGGGUCAACCAGCUGGAGAUCCUGGGUGACCUGCAGCUCCUGGACGUUAAGCUGUGGUGAUCCACCUUCUCUCGUGCCCCACCCCGCCCCAACCUGUCUGAAAAAAUGUCCCUUAAACAAGCACAGGCUUCACCCUCCGUGUCCCCCCCCCCCCCCCCCCCACACACACACACACACAUCUCCACACUGUAGAGUAGUAUUUCACCCCAAAUUGACGUGAAUUAUUAUUAUUUUUUGCCUUUAUGUGAAAUGUAUUAUGCAUCUGAAGAAGAGUGAAAAGAAGAGCAAAUUUGCUGCCUUCAUUAACCUGCACAUAUCAGAGGCUAGCAUUGUUAGCUUCAGUGACUGAAAACACUGGGAGGGUACAUACCUGCUGGUAGCAUGCUGUAAAUUGAAUGUCAUAUUUACCUCCCAGUAACUAUUAACCAGGUCAGUCAGCCAUUUGGCUAAUUUGGAGCUGUAGUACAUUGUAUUGAAAGGCAGAAAAUGACAAAAAAAUAUAUCUGUUUGCAUUGACUUAGGUCGAGGGCGUGUGUGGGAUGUGCAGUUUUUCCGUCAAUUUAACCCUUUAUGUAUCUAUUCAUACAUUUUCACAACCACUUCUCUCAACUUAAAAAAAAUGUUUUUGAAGCAGGAGACUGUCUGAAUGUAACAGGCAAACUAUGAGCUCCCCAUGUGGCUCACCCAGUUCAGUCCUCCAUAACAGGAACAGGCACAUUGCCUAUAACAUAUUCUAAAUGGUGAUUGGCUAACAUAAAUAGGGCAGCUGAAAUACAGCAGAUGUAUACGCAUUUACUGGUAUGUCUUUGUACAUAGACAUAGAGAUAGAACUGCAUAGUUUUUUUGUAGGUUUGACUGUGGUAGGAGGCCCAUUUCAAUGAACUUGUCCAGGUGACGGUCAUUCGAAUUUGCCUCCUUGCAUGUUUGUAACAUUUGACUUCAUAAGUUUCUACUGUCAUCGAACCAUUAAGUAUUAACGACGGGUAUAGUUACAGACACCCUCCCUACAGUUUCUCACUCUCCUUAACGUGGAGCUCAGCUCAGUUUUUUGUAAGAUAUUUGGCAAACAAAAAAAAGCACAGCUUUUAUGCAUAAACAGACUUCUGUGAAUAUAUACAAGAGGGAUUGCUGAAGUAUGUGGAGCAGCAACAUGAAGAAGCGAUAUGGGUUCCACAUCGGAGAUCUUUCCGAUAGAUCAGCUCCAGAUGUCGAACCCUUGCAGAAGACGCCCCACCCCAGUAGCCCAUGCUAAGCUUCGGCCAUUAAGAGUGACCGAAGAACGACGAAGGUGUUCAUUCGAUUUGAAAAUGCUAUUUAUUAAAUUUAAAAGAGUAUUGUUCUCCAUCAAACUGAACUAAGGGAGGUAGAGAAAAACGUCCCAUUGCCCACCCAUAGCGGCUUUAUUUCUCGUGUAAUGGAGAUGCCCGUUUCUCUCCAGAGCCAUACGGACAGAGACUGACUAACCUGGGAAGCCUGUGAUCAACGGCUGGGGAAAGCUCGGCUACGUCUAUGCAAGUUUCUACUCUGCAUUUCCUCAUUGGACACACCCGCCCUAUCGGGCAGCUCAGUUCGACUUACUUAGCUUUCCCUUCCUUCACCUCGCUCCUAAGCUGCCGCAGUGAACUCCUUUUGUGUUUUUGUCUCACCUUUGUCGGCAUCUGACGACCUUGUCUCGACACUAUGUAAUACAGCAAUAUUCUAACAGGCUUCACUACACGUUAAACAGGACUUUUAAAAACUCAUUAAACUCUAUCAUGCAGCAUUUCUGUACAUGUCUCUUUGGUUACCCCAAUAAACAAAAAAAGAAAAGAAAACA